UUCGCCACUACUUCCUGAAGCGUAGAUUAGGAUGCGCCUGUGGAACUUGUUCUGACGAAGGGCUCCCAUCUAGGACGCAUUUCGGUUUGGUUGGCGACACUACGUUCUAACCCGACUCGAUGUCCAUGAAUUUUGAUCAUCCCAGCAACGGCGAAACGGUCUAUUCUUCAAAGCUCAGGGACAGUCCGUCCGACUUCAUCCUGUCUUCGGCUUAUUCUCAGUGCCAUCUUUCUUCCUACCGUGGCUACUGCGAUGCUGUGAGGACCAUACAUCUAUUGCUGUCACAGUCGAAGCACUUUCUGUGCAAAAUUCCGGCGCGCCGUCGAUUUCAAUCGUACCGUCGCGUUCUUCCCGUCCGCAUCGGAUCCGCUUUCGACUCGAUAACGUCUUGUGCAAAGGAUGUGUCUCCAUUGGUCGACACGAAACCUCGCGGAAAAUUGUGGCGAUAACUCUACUUGGACGUUCUCAUCGGUCUCUGCGAGCGACCUGCACUUUGAUUUGGUCCGCGGCAAGAUCGGGCUUGAUCGAGAUCGAUGUUCCUCAACUGGUUGGAGACCUUGCUACGAUGGUGAUUGCGCUGAAGGUGACGGGAACAUGGAGUGCUUCGAGUAUGAUAGCUACGAAGACGAUGAAGAUGAAUAAUAGACGGAUUGUAGUAAGUAGGUGUAUUAUAUGUUCACAACUCAAUGAAGCAGAUUCAGGCAAGUCACGUGCACAGCUUCUGGUCUUUUUCAAUUUGGCAUCCAUGUUCUCGCCUUUCGACCUGCCUAUUGGAAUUCUAUUGCUCGUAACCGAUCAACUCUCCUCUCCUGCGGAUUUCUUUGUGUAUCGCACAUUCUUGGAGCAUCUGAAAGGAGUCACCACUGCGCAGCCGAAGAAAGCUAUACUGCUCUCCGUAUCGGAGGAUAUUGCGCGAUGGAAGGCUAUUGCGGCCAAAUCCAACUUGAAUUUGGACCAGCAGAUAGCUUCAGGCUCGCUAGUCGUCAUUGAUCCACCACCACUUCUGCCUAUCCUCAACUCUGUUCUGACCUCCAUGGGGUUUGUUGGUGGCUCGGAUCUACUGGUCAUCGUCGACGAUCUGGCCACGCUUGAUUGGCUGGGAUUCACCGUGCUCGAUAUCACCCGCUUCGUCCGCGCGCUUUAUGCGGCCUGCCGCAAGAUCAAUGCGACCCUGAUCGUCCGCCAGCAUGUCCUUACCCCAUCCGGGCCAGAACCACUGUUGGACGAUCUCUUUCGGUCCAUGUUCCAGCUUUGCAGUUACCAUUUAGAGGUUCUGCCACUGUCUAGUGGGAAGAGCGGCUCUGUGAGCGGACAAGUGCGUUCUCCUCGGGUCCGACUCUUUUCGUAUGAUAAUGACCGAGGAAAGGUGGCUCUACACGCUGGACCUGGGACAUCUUCGCUCGGUGUGAAACUCCUAUCCAGAAACUCGGCUCUGCAGUACAAGCUUACGGACAACAACGCUUCAUUCUUUGAGCGCGGAACGAGUGCCGGGGUUCUUUAA